CCCUGCGGUUUCUUUUGUUUUGAUGUUGCGGAGCAUCACUUCAGCUCAGCAAAACUCGGAUUUCCCUCUUAGUUUACCAAUGACAUGGCCCUAGAUGACCCAAGGAAUAUGUAAAAAAAAACGUCAGUUUCACAGCCUCUCAAAUAGCUUGUUUAAAGUCUGGGUUUGACUGAAUAGGCUGAAUCAGUCGCGCUAAUUUGCUAACAUUAGCUGUCAAGUAUAACCAUGGAGAUAUAUUUGAUCAGAUCGUUCAUCUGAUUUCUCCCUAAAGAGCGUGUCGUAGUCAGUACAUCCAACAACGGAGUGUGUGCUUUCAUUUCUCACAUUUGGAAAGCUUGUUUGGUCCAUUUUAAGACCGCAAAGGAGGACAGUGCAGAUCUUUCAAUGGGCGAAGAGAAGCCAGAGACGCUGGAUUUUGUAAAGGACUUUCAGGAGUACCUGAGUCAGCAGACGCAGCAUGUCAACAUGAUAUCUGGCUCAGUCAUUGGAGUGAAGGAGACUGGAGACCUCCAAGGAGAACUUAGUCAGAAUGGCCUGGAGCAUCCAUCAGUGGAUAUAUCCUUGGAAGAUAGUUCAGGGAUGUUGGUGGAUGGCUUUGAGAGGACAUAUGAUGGCAAACUCAAGUGCCGCUACUGCAGCUACGCCACCAGAGGCACCGCACGGCUUAUCGAGCAUAUUCGCAUUCACACGGGUGAAAAACCCCACAGAUGCCACCUGUGUCCUUUUGCAUCAGCAUACGAACGCCACCUGGAGGCGCACAUGCGCUCUCACACAGGCGAGAAGCCUUACAAGUGUGAGCUCUGCUCCUUCCGUUGCAGUGAUCGCAGUAACCUUUCUCAUCACCGUCGUCGUAGACACAAACUCCUGCCCAUGAAGGGUGCUCGCUCAACUCUCUCUCACAGAAAGAUGCUCAGUGUCCUGCAGAAGAGAGGAGGCUCUUUGGGUUAUGGCCGCCGGCUGCUCAUCAACCUCAGCCCACCGUCUAUGGUGUUGCAAAAGACCAGCCCUGAGCAGCACAACUUGGGUGACUUUGGUCAUGAUCUCCCUUCUCAUGCUCACCUCCAUCAGGAGGCCUAUAAUGGUCUAGGGAAAGAUCCACAAACUAGUGGAGUAAUUGGAGUUGGGUCCAGGGAGGACCAAGACAUGGCAUUGGACAACCCUUUGAACCAGCUUUCUACUUUGGCAGGUCAACUUUCCAGCAUUCCACCAGAAGAUCAGGGAGCCCCAGUAUCUCCUGGAGCAGAAUCUCUACCAGAUGAGAAACCCACAUUCCUUGUCCAGCAGCCUGUUAUGGCACCAGCUGCUGUCUCUGUCAAUGCAGCCCAGGCUUCUUCUCCCAUCACUCCUGAGCCCAGACCAGCUGCUCACAGUGGAUGCAGCCCAGGGUUGGGACCCUGCAGUGAGAGAACCAGCACUCCCAGUGGCACCAACAGCCAGCCAGGGACACCCAAUCCAAUACAGGAUCCCCAGAUGCUGCACCACUGCCCCCACUGUCACAUAUAUUUCCCUGACAACAUCCUCUACACCAUUCACAUGGGCUGCCAUGGUUACGAGAACCCUUUUCAAUGUAACAUAUGUGGACAUAUGUGCAGAAACAGCUAUGACUUUGCUUGUCACUUUGCAAGAGGCCAUCACAAAUAGAGACACAUGCAACCGGUCUGGGUGUUGCUGGCCUUUUCUUUGUCCCAUUAUAGAAUAAUGGAAUUCUAGUAUUUGGAACAUUCCAAAAACAACAUUGGAUGACCCAUUUUGUAUAGCUUAUGUCUAUGUUUAUUUAACUAAUAUUGAUAUGUUAGGCUGAAGUAAGUGAACCAGUUUUGGAGUGUAAAGUUUGGUUUUUAAAAGGGUAGAAACGUGGAUUCUAAUUUUUAAUGGUGUCCUUCGCUUCAGAAGUCAUCUCAAAUUUUUCCAAUUCGAGAUCCUGAGAAUUUAUUUAACUUUGCAGUUAUUCAGAACACAACACACCUCAUAGAUUUAGCCUCAAAUCUGUGUUAUAAGUGCCAGAGAUCAGUAAUCAGUGCCUACAGUUAUUUUCUGAAAGUUCUUUUUUUUUUGGAAUUCAGUGACAUGAAAGACAAUACAUUUUAUGGCUACUCUUAAAUUGUUUUUUAAUAUAUACUGUAGAACAAUGGCAUUACCACAUUUAAUAAUUGUGGUCCUCUCAUAUAAUAAAUUAUUAAUUAUAAAAAAAAUAUUAUUUGCCUAUUGGUUAAGAGAGCUGCAUUAUUUUAACUUAAAUCGACAUGGUUGUGAUUUAAAAAUGAAUUUAUGUAGCACAAGUAAGUUGGCUGUUUUUUUAGCAGUAAGAUGUAGUGUCCGAUAAGAUUGUUGUUCAAAUGUAUCAUUUUACUAUAUAUGGCUGUAUACACUGUUUUCGUAAGCAGUGUGAACACACGGACACGUUAAAAACUCAGUUCUCUCUAUCCCUUUCAUUCUCUCUCCUGCAUUACUACCACCAGUGCCAUGCUAUAAAUGUUAUUUGUAAUGUUUUUGGAAACGUCUGUGGUGCUACAAAUACAUUUUUAUAUGCCUGUCUUCAUAAAGAACUAAAUUAACAGAUAUUGUAUAACAUGUUUUGGUGAAUUUGAUGUUGGAUGUCAAUAAACCUCAAUAGGUUUGAAGAGCACUUGCAAUGUUGUGCUUGUCCUGUCAUUUAAUUUUCAAAACCUUAUAUAGCUAUGUUUUUAUUUUUGCAUUUUCCAGAUUGCUUUUAUUGUUUGUACAGUUAGUAGAGCAUGAGUGCAAGCCUUCAUAUAUGUUAAAGGAAAAGUUCUCUCAUCAAUUUACUUACGGAAUGUGUAUGACUUUCUUCUGCAGAACACAAACAAAGAUUUUUAGAAGAAUAUUUCAGCUCUGUUGGUCCAUUCCGUGCAAGUGAAUUGUGGCCAGAAUUUUGAAGCUCCAAAAAACAUAUGAAGGCAGCAUAACGAAAUCUAUACGACUCCAGUGGUUAAAUCCAUGUCUUCAGAAGACAUAUGAUAGGUGUGGUUAAGAAACAGAUCAAUAUACAAGUUAUUGUCCACUUUCACUUCUACAUUCUUCUUUUGAUUUUGGCGAUUCGCAUUCUUCAUGCAUAUUCCCACCUACUGGGCUGGGAGGAGGAUUUAUGAAGUCAUAUGCAUUACUUUUUGCUGCAUUUAUGUGCUUUUGGGGGGCUUAAAAAUUCUGGCCACCAUUCACUUGCAUUAAGUGGACCAACAGAGCUGAAAUAUUUUUUUCUGGAAAUCUUUGUUUUCUGCAGAAGAAUGAAAGUCAUACACAUCUGGGAUGGCAUGAGGGUGAGUAAAUCGAUGAGCGAAUUAGUAUUUUUGGGUGAAUUAUUCCUUUAAGACCCUCAUUUCAACUGAAUGAAAAUUUGAAUAUCUUCUCCAUCUGGUCUGCAUGUAGUAGCAUUUUAAAGUGAGUACUAUUGCAAACUCAACUUUGUACAUUACAAUGUGUGUUUGUUAUAGAUUUAUCAUUUAAUAAAAUUAAUUUCGUUUUGACACAUGCCAUUAAGACCAU